AUGGACUCCUCCGCCCCCGCCGACGACGUCGCCGCCCCCGCCAACACCGCCGCCGCCGCUGCCCUCGCCGCCCCCGCCAACACCGCCAACACCGCCCCCGCCAACACCGCCAACACCGCCGCCGCUGACGCCGCCGCUGCUGCUGCUGCUGCCACUGCUGCUGCUGCCACUGCCGCCGCCGCCCUCGCUGCCGCCCCCGCCCUCCCGCCGCUCCCCCUGCCCCCGGCCCGCCCACCGCCGCCGCCCUGCUCGCCAUGCCGCCCGCCUCGCGGGCCUGCACAAGGCUGGCUUCUCGGCCAGUCCAGCGCCAGCUGGAGUUCCGCGCGGGCUACGAGCCCAGCAAGUUCAACCUCGCUGAACCUCGAAUCUGCGCUCGCGCAGGUUGUCGGCCGCGUCGCCCCCACCGAAUGCGACUCCUGCCAGCGAGCAGCUGGCCCGUAUACUACCUGCGUGGUAGUUACAGGCCAGCUGCUCGACUCGUGCGCCAACUGCCACUAUGGCAGUGAGGGCGCCCGCUGCUCCUUCCGCCACCUUAUUGACCCUGCUACAGCCACGCCCGCCCCCGUCGUCCCCGUCCCCGCCAUCGCCACCCCCUCCAGGUCCCGCCGCCAGGUCGCUGCCGCUGCCGCUGCCGCUGCUGCUGCCCCUGCCCCUGCCGCUGCCCCUGCCACUCCCUCCAAGAAGCGCCGCCGCACCACCGCCACCCCUGCUGCCUCCCCCGCCACCGCCUCCAAGAAGGAGAAGAAGAAGGAGAAGAGGAAGAGGAAGAAGAAGACGGCUCUAGAGCUUGCUAUGGAUUCCUCCUCCUCAGAGGACAGUGAUGAAGAUGAUGAGGAUUAA